AAGAUGUUUGUAGGCGGCCUAAGCUGGGACACCACAGAUGAAGGUCUGAGGAACUACUUCUCAGAGUUCGGAAAGGUUGAUGCGUGCACCAUCGUCCGCGAUCCCGACGGCAAGUCGAGAGGCUUCGCCUUCCUCACAUUCGACGAUCCCGCCUCUGUGAACUCGGUCAUGAUCCGGGAGCAUUUCCUGGAUGGAAAAGCAAUUGACCCGAAACGCGCUAUUCCCCGUGAGGAGCAUCUGAGGAACACGCGGUACUUCGUCGGGGGUCUCGCCCCGCACACAACAUCCGACUCUAUGCGCGGCUUCUUCUCGUCGUUCGGCAAGGUCGUCGAUGCCACGGUCAUGGUUGACCGCGAGACGGGCAGGUCGAAAGGCUUCGGGUUCGUCACAUUUGAA